UGUUGGAAACCAAACACUCCUCUACUUACAAAUUGUUCAAAUAUUUGUAUUUUCUUUUUCUAAGUUUUUGCUUCGAUCUUGUUAUACCACCAUCUUCCAAUAAGCACUUUAUUAGGAAGUGAAAAAGCAGCUUAAUGAAAUAAGUUGAAAAAAAAAAUCCGAAAAUGGGCGCGAAGCAAAUGGAAGAGAUUCAGAAGAAAUUGGGAACGCUGAAUUAUCCAAGAUCAAAUGCAUCUGCACAGUCCCUUCUAUUUGCUGGCAUGGAGCGCUACGCUCUUCUCGAAUGGCUCUUCUUUCGACUAUUAGGUGAUAAGUCACCCUUCUCUCAACAAAACUUACACGGCGAUGCUCUUGAUCGUGACGAGGAGACAGCUCGAAUUCAAUAUUUGGCAGAAAUUGCUAAGUUUCUGGGCAUUACAACAACUGUAGAUACAGAAGCCAUUCAAGGACAUGGAAGCUAUGAGGACCGCACUGAAAUGCUUCGUCUAAUUGUAGAUCUAGUGGAGGCAACCAUAUAUGCUGAUAAUCCAGAAUGGAGUGUUGAUGAGCAGGUAGCCAAAGACAUCCACUUGAUAGAUUCCAUUGCCGAAAGACAGGCUCAUAUAUUUUCCGAAGAAUGUAAAUUAUUUCCUGCAGAUGUUCAGAUUCAGUCUAUAUAUCCAUUGCCAGAAGUUUCGGAGCUGGAGUCAAAGCUUACUGAACAAUCAAAAAUAUUAUUGAAUCUUCAACAAAAAGUUGAUGACUUGGCAUCCAAGCAUGCUUACAAUCCGGAUGAGGAGUAUACUGAGGUGGAAUCUGAACUGCGAGCGCAUUUAGAAUCUUUCCUAGAAACUGCUAGAUCAUUCAACAUGAUUUACACCAAGGAAAUUCGUCCAUGGACACAUAUGAUGGAGGUUCCACAACUUCACGGGUUUGGACCAGCUGCCAAUCGAUUAUUGGAGGCGUACAAAAUGCUUUUAAAGUUUUUAGGGAACCUGCAAAAUCUUAGAGACUCACAUGCUGCACUUGCUUUCGGAUCUUCUGAAACAUCAGGAGGGCCUUCUUCUGUCUCAGCAAUAAUCUCUGAAUGUGAAUCCGAAAUGACAGUUAUAAAUCGAGAUCUUGGAAUUCUUUCCGCCUCCAUUGCUCGUGAACAGGCAGAAAAGAUGAGUAUUUGAUAACACUAUAGGAAUAAGAUUAACCAUGAAGUCUUACUGUCAUGUAUUUUUGGAUCUUGUUGUUUUUCGAAUAUAUUUUGUGAUCUUGUGCAUAGUAUUGAUAUUAUUGACAUGACAUGUGAAUGUGAUCUUGUGAAAGUUAAAAAAAACCUGUGAAAAAUGUCUGUAGUUA